AUGGCACAAGACACCGACGACUCAGAAAUACUCAAACGAGAUGCCAACUCUGAAGUGGAGGAAAUUCUUCGUCAGUUAGAUGACCUGCAACGGAGGAGACUGGUCUUUGAUGCGCGAGGGUUACCAACUACCAAGGUUACCAAGAGGCCACCUGAGCGCCAUAAAGACGAGGAUGCCGACGACGUUUCCAGGUCAUCAUCUGCUGGCCAGCCAUCGUGUAAUGGCGUUAGUGGUGGUGGCGGGGCUGGUGGGCCGGCCCAGCACCUGAUGGUGCCUUACUAUGUGCCCCGAGCGCUGGCAGUGCCCCUCAGCCUGGGAGGGCAACCUGUCUCCCCAGAGAUGGCCAUGAAUCUCAGGAAGAUCCUGUUUGGCAAUGUGUUUCACGUCUUCAACUACGAGUGGAAGAGAUCUUUUUUCAAAUUCCGAGAGCCCUACUCUGAUCUGUCAUACGCUUUGGAGACAGAGCGGGGUGGUGCUCGAGCAGUUCAGAUGGUGGUCCAAGCAAACAUACUCAAAUAUCUCCUCUAUUCGCGGAAGAGUGACUCUGCCCGCUGUGGGUUGCAGAGUCUGGAGGAGGUGGAUGACAAGGGCCAGGAGCAGGCUCUGGCCUCCGCUCUGGCGGACAUCAUGUGGGCAGCAGGGGACGAGCAGGCGGCCACUGUAGCGCUGGUGGCCUCAGAAUGCUGCUCCACGCCGCUCCUAGACUACAAACCCGACAACUUCACAGAGAGGUUACAACUCUUUCACUUUGGUAGAAGGGAGGACACUCAAAAGUUCAUCUACGACCAUGUUCAGUGUUUUAAAGAAGAAGGAAGCCAUGGAGUCAUCCUCUUUCUCUAUGGUCUAAUUUUGUCCAGAUCCAUUGAUAGAUUGAGGAAAGACCUGGAUAAAUCCACUACUCAUCUAUUACAGCAAAGUCUGGGGAACUUUGUGUGCCGGCAGGCACUGCUGAACCUGCUGCUGACUGGGCGGGCCAACCCCAAUGUCUUUAAUGGAACGCUGCUGUACGAUGACAACGGGGAUCUGAUGGACUAUCCUCUGCAUGGGGUCCUCGCUCGAAGCGAUGUGGGCUACCUGCACUGGAGCCGAGAGCAGCUUCAACAAGGCAAACUGCCAGCUGUUGGCAGUAUGCUGAAGACCCCAAAGCUGCCUAUCUGGGUGUGCUGUAUAAAUGACACCUACAGCGUCAUCUUCAGUCCAAACCGCUCCUUACUGUCGGACUGGAAGAUGGAGCACCUUUUCCACCUCUACUUCUACAACGGACAGUCCUCCCAGACCAGCACAGCGCAGCUGACUAUAGACACCCAUUCCCAUCAUUGGGAGGUACAGAGGAGUGAUGUGCAGGGGGACCCAGAGAAGCGGUUCCCAUCCGUGGAGAUGACCAUUCGCACCAAGUGGGAAGGAGCAGCCAUUGACUGGAAUGGGACAGUGCCUUUCUUCUGACAUGAGAAAUGGGGCUGCUAUAUUUGCUGUUGAAGAAGGUAGGUCUGCACACUGCGAAAUAAGUGUAUGCCUGACGAAGAUCCAGGGUGAUCGAAAUGUUGCUGUUUUCAUUUAAUAAACUUUAUUUUUCUGAACUUAUUCCGCAGUGUGCAGACCUACCUUCUUCAACUGUCUGACACUUUUGUCUAGCACCUGCAACAAAUGACUUUGGAUGUGCGCACCCUACCCUAGACCAGUGUUUCCCAACCAGGGGUACGUGUACCACUAGGGGUCGUACUACUAGAGGACACUACAGGGGGUACUUGGAAUAAUGUCAUUUUAACAAAUGUAUAGUGCUUAGUUACAGUGAGAUAGAGAAAGCGAUACAAAACGUGACUGGGGUAACUCACGGCACCACAAAAAUGCUUAGGGGGUACUCAAGACAAAGGUUGGGAAACACUGCCCUAGACAACUGCUAUAUUUGCUGCCCAUCACAGCAUUUUGGGGAGCAUCUGUGGCCUAAAUAAUAUAGUUAGGGAGGUGGUCUAAUCAGAAGGUUGCCAGUUUGAAUCCCACACCAUCCAUGGUUGAAGUGCCCUUGAGGAAGGCACCCCUGCCUCGCUUUGCUCCAGGGACUGUGACCAAUACCCUGUAAAAAAAGUAACUGCAAGUUGUUUUGGGUAAAAGCGACUUCUAAAUGUACUGUAAUGUAAAAAAAAGUGAUUGAUUAA